AUGCGGAUAUUUUAUUCUUCAUUUUUAAAAUUGUCGUUUUAUUUGGUUUCAAAAGAAAAAAUUUUUUUUCAACUUGAAAAGAAGGCAAAAGUCGUAAAGCAAUCAAAGAAUGACGCAAAAAUUGCUGCAAAGCAAUCGAAGAAUGAUGCAAAAAGUGUUUCUCAGUUGGGAAUUAAAAGAAAAGCUCUUGACGAAUCAGCAGUAACCAAUCUUAAUAAAAAGGCAAAGGUACAAAAAAUUUUUAAUUUAGAUAUCUUAUCCGAAGAGCAACGGCGUAAAGAAGCAAGAGAUAAAUGUUCGCUAUUUGUUGCUGGCAUUCCUAAGAAAACGAAGGCACAAGAUUUAAAAAGUUUUUUUGGUUGGCUUAUUUUUGCUGAUGAAACACAUUGUGACAAAGCAUAUGAUGCAAUAUCGAAACAAACAUUGAAGGGAACGCCAAUCAAAGUCGAUUUUUGUGGCGUAAAAUCAAAAAUGAAGAAAGAAACACAAUUGCCAAUUAAUCCACUCGAAUUAUAUAUAAGUGGUUUUCCACCUAAUACAACGAAAGAACAAAUUUUCAUUUGUAUUCACUUUAUUUUCAGAUUUUGUUUUGUGACAUUUGCUAAUGAAGCCGACGCAAAAGCUGCUUUUGAUAAAGGGAAAUCUUUAAAAAUUGGUGGCCAACCUGUUGACGUAUUUUAUGCCAGAAUAAAAAAAGGUGAUUAG